CAGCGUAACACACUCGUACACUCUCUCACAUACACACGGACCGCGUCACACGUUCACAGGACUUUAAUAACGGGACUGUCGUGACGUGAUUUGCAUUAUUAUUAUUGAUUAUUAUUAUUGUUAUUAUUAGUGAUUGAUUGAUAAAAAGUUCUUAAUUUCCGCGCGGUUUUCACUCUGUGAGUUUUGACAGCGCGAGACGCGGUUUUGUUUGUUUAUUUAUUUAUUUAUUAAUUAUUUUAAUUAACGCCAUGGCGGAAACGGCGGCGGCACCAGCAGCAGCCGCGAAAGCCAAGAAGACGAAAUCGCCGAAAAAGGCGAAGUCGCACCCGAAGUACUCGGACAUGAUCCAGGCGGCUGUGCUGGCGGAUAAGAGCCGCGGCGGCGCGUCGCGUCAGUCCAUCCAGAAGUACGUGAAGAGCCACUACAAAGUGGGCGAGAACGCCGACGCGCAGAUCAAACUCGCGCUCAAGCGACUCGUCGCCGGCGGCGUCCUGCGCCAGACCAAGGGCAUCGGAGCGUCGGGCUCGUUCAAGCUCGCCAAAGCCGAGGAGCCAGCGGUCAAGAAAAAGAAGCAGCCGGCGUCCACAGCAACCGCGGCGAAGAAGAAGAAACCCAAAGCCGCCGUUAAAGCCAAGAAGCCCAAAGCCGCCGCCGCAGCCAAGCCCAAGAGAGCUCCCAAACCCAAGAAAGUGGCUGUUAAAUCUCCGGCCAAGAAAGCAAAGAAGAGCAAACCCGCUGCGAGCGAGAAGAAAGUGAAUAAAAAGGCGGCGGCGGAGAAGAAAAAGAAGGCGACUCCUGUGAAGGUGAAAAAGGCGGUGAGGAAACCGAAAACAGCCGCCAAGCCGAAGAAGGUGAAAACAGCAGCGGCGAAGAAGAAGAAGGCCAGCGCCAAGACCGCGAGCAAGAAAGCGGCGAAGAAGAAGUGACUCUAUAGCAACAAAGUUAGCUUAACGACACGGACUCAUUAUUAAACACAAACAAACACUUGUAAAUAUUUUUUUGAGGAUAUGUUUCUUUGAACGAUUUAUUAUUAUUAUCAUUAUUAUUAGUGGUUAUGUAAGGUCUGACCUUUUACACUUCCUCCCGUCACCUAUUGCACUAUUGGAGCUAAAACUACCCUCAAAUGCCUCAAUUGAAUAAAUCUUUCUUUUGUGUAGCUCGUUGACACCUCGAGCAUUAUCCUGGCUAUAUGGGGACUUUAUUUUUUUUGUUUGUUUGUUUUGGACACUGAUGUAUCAGAGGUCUUAACGCUAAUCAUCAUGUUGUUGUAAACUACAUUAGCAUUUACUUGUCAUAACCUGUUCGGACACAUUUAUACUGUACAAUAAUAAACUUUUUUCUCCUCUUUUAAA